GUAAGCUACAGUUCUCUGUUUACUAAUUGCAAUUAUCCUUCGACUUCAGAAAUAUUUCACAAACGGUAACAAUACUCAUACAGCUUCAAUAAAUUUGGGACUGAAAACGAGAAAAAAUUGCCGCUGUUGCUAUAAAUCUCCAAUUCUUUAUUUCAAGUUUGUAGAUAUUUGAUGACAAUGAAUUCUCUGAUCACUACUUAAAUAGAAAUUUACUUUUGAACUAAUGAAUGAAUGGAGAAUUUUUGGUAUCGCUAACUUCCUUGUCCAUAUCAACAUUUCACUAGUUAGUAAAUGCUGUUAAUUUCGAAUUUGCAUUUUGGAGACCCUAGGUUAAUUUUGAAGUGUGUCCUGUUUGCGAAAACAGAUUCAGAGUCAUCACAUUUUCCACCAUCAAGAGGACUAAGUUAAACCCUUCCAAUAUCUACACUUCUCUGCUGCAACAUGCGAUAUAUCUUGGAUGGAAUCUAGCAUCGCUAAAUAGAAAAGGAUAAUUUCUUCUGUAGAUGUGCACUAUAUUGUAUUAUUAUUUAUUGCUGUUCUUCAGUAUUUAUUUGUGACUUAGGAAUUGGGCAUUUUUCUGAGCGAAAAAAAAAGACGGGUGGGGCAUAAUGGAGAAGCUUAAUAUAUGCAUAAUGGAGAAGCUGGUGACCGAUGAAUUUUGUAGUCAAAAAUUUGCGCACCAGCAAAAUAUGAAGACACGUUUGUUGUUUCAUACAAAAGAUAAACCAUAUACAUGUGACAUAUGCAGUAAAGGUUUUACACAUCAGUCUAAUUUAAACACUCAUUUACUGAUACAUUCCAAAGAAAAGCGGCUUGCAUGCGACAUCUGCAAUAAAUCAUUCUAUCGGCAACUUCAUUUGUCAUCACAUUUACGGACGCAUACAAAAGAGAAACCAUUUGCCUGUGAGACUUGCAAAAAAGCAUUUUCAGAGAAACAGACUUUAAAAAGACAUUUAAAGACGCAUACGAAUGAGAGGCCAUUUGUAUGCGACAUGUGUAACAGAGCCUUUUCUGAAAAGUGGUGUUUACGGGAUCACUUACGGACGCAUACGAAAACAAAAUCGUUUGCAUGCCACAUUUGCAAUCGGGCAUUUUCUCAUAAUCUGAUUUUAAAAAAACAUUUACGUACUCAUACGAAUGAGAAACCUUACGCAUGCGACAUUUGUAAUAAAACUUUUUCUCAGAAACCAAAUUUAAAAACGCAUUUACUGACUCAUACAAAAGAGAAACCGUUUCCAUGUGAUAUUUGUAAUAAAGCAUUUUCUCAAUUACGAAGUUUAAAAGUGCAUUUACUGACUCACACAAAAGAGAAACCAUAUACAUGUGACAUAUGCAGCAAGGCCUUUACUCAGCAUCAUUAUUUGAAAGUGCAUUUACGGACCCAUGUGGAACAAAGGCCAUAUACAUGCGACGUUUGUAAUAAAGCAUUUUGUACAAAAUCUCAUUUAAAGAAUCAUUUAAUGACUCAUACGGAAAAAAAACAGUUUGUAUGUGACAUUUGCAAUAAAGCAUUUGCUGUGCAAUAUUAUUUAAAGGCACAUUUACGAACACAUACCAAUGAAAAACCGUUUGCUUGCGAUAUCUGCAAUAAAGCAUUUUCUCAGCAACCACAUUUAAUGUCACAUUUACGGACACAUACGAAAGAGAAACCGUUUGCAUGCGAUAUUUGCUAUAAUGCAUUUUCUGAGAUUCAGGGUUUAAAAAAACAUUUGCGGACACAUACAAAGGAGAAACCGUAUGCAUGUGAAAUGUGUAAUAAAGCAUUUUCACAGCGAUCGAAUUUAAACAAACACUUAAAAACGCAUAUGAAAAAUAAACCUUAUGUUUGUAAUAAAACAUUUUCUCUGAAUGGGAGUUUGAAAACCCAUUUAUUGACUCAUACAAAAGAGGAACCUUCCACUGCCGAUGUUUCGGAUAAAACUUAUUUUCUGCAACAAAAUCUAGACAUUUUUACAGACACUAGCAAAACGAGAAUAGUUUGCACAUGACAUGUAUUGUAAAACAUUUUUCUGAUAAUUCAUGUUGACAUGUGAGUGAAAAGCCAUUGGUAUGAGGCAUUUGUAAUGAAGCAAUAUCGCUUGGAAUUCUUUUGAAAAUGCUUUUGAGGCACAUGCACAAAAAAAUUAUUCGCAUACGACAUACAUAGUAAAAAAUUUUCUUCUCCAUCAUCUGUAAAGACGCAUAUGCUGAAGUACUGUUGAAAGUGAAGAAAUCCUAUACCUGUGAUAUGUAGUAAACGUUUUGUCAAUAAGAACAUCUCAACAGAUAUUUACUGAUGUAUGUAAAAAAGAUACAGAGUGUUCGUAACAAAUGUAGUUUAAGACUUUUCAAAGUAAUUUGUACAGAACUUU